AUGACGAUUGAAACAUAUACAAUUUAUCCAACAAAGAAAUACAAUCGUCCACCUCCACCAUCGAGAAUAGUACUUCAUGGUUUGGAUCUUCUCAGUUCUCCAAUCCACAUUCUCAACCAUCGAUUUUACCGUCCCCCGACCGACACAAUUACGAAUGUAAUUGACAAACUGAAAUUUUCCCUGGCGGAAGCACUUGAAUUGUAUCCACCAGCAGCAGGAACUGUUCGAACCGAUGAAAAUGGUGAAGUGUAUAUCGCAUUAGAUGCUGAAAAUAUUUCUGGUACACCGUUUUUGGUUGAAAUGAGAGACACACCGUUUGUUGGCGAUUCAGAAGAUCUAUCGCCUCGAACUGUCGUGUUAUUACCUCCUUUAUCAAGCACAUUAGCAGUGAAAGUAACUCAGUUUUCCUGUGGAACCAUCGCUGUUGCCUCAUCGAUGCAUCAUCAAGUUGCUGAUCUAUGUGGUUUUCUCGAUUUUCUUGAACUCUGGGCUCAACUCGCUCGAAGUGAACCCAUAGAUCUCACAAAAAUUCCAGAUGAUUGGUCUCGCACUCCCGGUCGUUUUUUUCCUGAUUUGAUUAAAGAAUCAUCAUUACCAACGUCUCCUCCUCCUCCGUUUACAGUACUUUCUGUUCCGCAAACCGAAGUAUCUGCAUCUUUAUUGGUAUCAUCAGAUGUAACAAGAUGGAAAUUUACCAAGAACGCUAUGGAACGAUUAAAACUCGAUUUUUCACCUUCCAUUGAUUCUUCUGACGAAUACAAAUCUGAUCUUUGGAUUUCAUCAGGUGAUGCACUUGCUGCUCUUCUUUGUGGUGUGAUUACACGUGCUCGAGAAAAUGGUAAAGUGACAAGAGUUGAAGGAAGAUCUCAUUUAGAUUCACAAACAGAAAUCAUUGCAAUGGCUGCUGAUGGUCGAGAAAGAGCUCCUCAACGAAAUAUGAUUGAUGGACAAUAUUUUGGCAACUUUAAUACUCUUUGGAGUGCCACUAUUUCUCGUUCCGAUUUAUCUUCACUUACUUGUGAGGCAGCUUCUCAUGUCGCUCUCGCAAUAAGAAACACACUAAAAGUUCAACUUUCUCCUGAAGCAAUUGCACACAAGAUUUCAUUCUUCGAAGAUCCACAAAAUAAUAAACCAAUUGGUCGUAUUACUUGGUCAGCAGAUAUUAUAUUGACAAAUUGGUGUCGAUUUGAUUUACAAGGUCCGAAAUUAGAUUUUGGUUGGGGAAAACCAUUUUCUGCAACAUCUGGUGCUGGUAAAAUCUAUCCUCCCGGUUACUGUGUUAUGAUGCAAGAGAAGAGUUCUGGUGAUGUUCUUGUUCUCAUGACAGUGGAACAAGAAGGAGCAGAGUUUUUAAAAACUGAUUUAUUGUUAAACAAAUAUGCAACAAUGAUCACAAUUUCUUAA